AUGUACUUGACUGUUGUAUCUGACGAGUCAACGACCUUGGUUUGCCCAUCCAGAUUUCUGAUCCACUACCUCCCCUGGGGUUUCGAGCAGUAUGUUGAUCUUUCUUGGACGUGGCCGCACCCCGACUAUAUUGUCCCCUGGUCGUCGAAUGGCCUCGGCGGCUACGCGUUUUAUUACUCAAUAUACCGCUCCCUCAUUCGUUUCCUCGGAGCGGACGACAAAUUGGUCGUCACGUCCGAUCUCAACACCAACUUGAUCACCGCUUGGAAUCAGAUGCUCGUGACCAACGACUUCUUGAAUCCAGACACCGGCCUCGCCGAUCCGAAGCCUAUAUUCGGAACAAGCAAUUUUGAUGUUUUCCGUUGGCCCAGGGUUCCAUUGAUAUACUAUGGCGAGGAGCAGAAUUUCUACUUGUACGACUCCACAGUCUCAAACUAUCUAUCUCUUCGGCCGUCAAGCUAUGAUGAGCAACAAGGCUUGUCCACCUUAAUGGGAUGUGAUGACGAUUGGAACUCGCUCGAUCAUUUUGAUCCGACGACGGACAUGCGUCGCCUACUAAAACAUUUCUUGUACCCCGGAACCACUUACAACGCCAUCCAAGAUGGCUUCGAACUCGUACAGCUUGGGAACUGGACCUACUUCGUCGAGUUCCCAGGUUCAAACAGCACCGCAACCGAAUUGGGGCUCUGGUCCCGUAUCACGCGCAGGUAUGUGGGUGGAACGACAGUGAGGAACUUGCGUUCUCCAUACGAGAACUAUACGCUCGUGGAUUCGGGAUUGUCAUAUCAUAAUAACGGAGAGGGACCAUGGUAUGUGGUCCAUCUGCUGCUGCGCAAGGGCGAAGCGAACAAUGUCAUGGUGUUCCCCGAGUCUGAUUAUGUACGCAGAUUUCAACUACACUGACGGCCGGUACACGUUCACGCACCGUGCC